CUGCCAUACUUGCGUGGGGCCCACCUGAUACCUCCGUCGGUUCCUGUCUCCCCCCUCAGCCGCGCCGCGCUCCUUUCCCUCACUCCUCACUCCUCCAUCGCCACCCGGUGGCGCCGCGUGCGUGCUCCUUUGCUGCUCGCGCAGGAGGGCCCCACCGCCCAGCCGGCGCUGUCCCUCCCGCACCGAUUCCCUCCUCCCCGUGGAAGCAACCGCAGCAGCGGCGACGGCCGCGGCGGCGGCGGCCGGGAGGCGAGGAGUCCGAGAGGAGGAGGAGAUGGAGUACAGGAGAGUGAAGGACCAGGAAAGUUAUGAUGCUCUAUCUCAGAAAGACAUAGAAAGCCCUGUUGAGAGGUCUCUUUCUAGCACUUCAGCAACCUCCAGUCUUAGCACUGCAGGAGCUUCAAAGGGCAAGAAUAGUUGGAAGUUAAAGUCUAUUGUCACGCUUUUGUUGACGCUACUAACAAGUUCUCAGGCAAUACUAAUCGUGUGGUCAAAAAGAGCUGGAAAAUAUGAAUAUAGUGUCACUACAGCAAAUUUUUCGGUGGAAGCUUUAAAAUGUCUGUUGUCUCUCAUAGCCCUGUACAGAACAUGGAACAGUCAGGGUGUUACAGAAGAUAAUAGGUUAAGUACAUCGUUUGAUGAAGUUAGUGUGUAUCCUAUUCCUGCCAUACUUUACAUGGUAAAGAAUUUACUGCAGUAUUACAUCUUUGCAUAUGUGGAUGCACCAGCUUAUCAAAUCCUGAAGAACCUGAACAUUAUUAGCACGGGUGUGUUAUACCGCAUCAUUCUAAAGAAAAAGUUAAGUGAAAUUCAGUGGGCUGCAUUUAUUCUUUUAUGUGCUGGUUGCACUACAGCCCAGUUGAACCCCUCGUCAGAUCAUGUUCUCCAAACCCCUAUUCAAGGUUGGAUGAUGGCAAUUGUGAUGGCUCUUCUAAGUGGUUUUGCAGGGGUAUACACAGAAGCAAUCAUCAAGAAACGUCCUUCAAGAAACAUUAAUGUGCAGAAUUUUUGGCUGUACAUUUUUGGAAUGCUCUUCAAUUUAGUUGCAAUUUGUGUGCAGGACUUUGAUGCUGUGAUGAAUAAAGGCUUUUUUCAUGGCUACUCGUUCAUUACUGUAUUGAUGAUUCUUAAUCAUGCACUCAGUGGCAUUGCUGUAUCAAUGGUGAUGAAAUAUGCUGACAAUAUUGUCAAGGUGUACUCAACUUCAGUUUCCAUGCUUCUGACGGCGGUUGUAUCUGUUUUUUUGUUUGGCUUCCAUCUAUCCCUUGCUUUCUUCCUCGGAUCUACGGUUGUUUCCGUCUCCGUAUAUCUGCAUUCUGUUGGGAAGCCCCAACCACAGAAAUGAGCUUUCACUUUCAUGUCUUCAUUCUUUGAAAUACUGGCAUGUGGCAACAUGCACCUUUUCAGCUUUUCUGCAUCACAAUGAUUUCUUGGGCAGCACCGCCAAUACUACUGCAGAAUGCCAGAAGAGAUGAGAUUCGUUCUUGACCAUCUGACUACUAUUAAGCCAAGUUCUUGAUGGAUUUCGGACUUGAUCUUACAACCAAGCUAAUCAGCCGAUGAUCAUUGCAUGUCCACUGACGUUUCAACCGCCUGAGUGAUGAUUUCAAGCUCUGUUUUGCCCUUUCCCAGAUGCUGGUCAUUUAUUUAUUCACGUAUCUUUACUCCUAAUUCACCCCACUAUAUAGAAGAGAAUGUACUCCGAUGUGUUAGUACUAACCACAGCAAACAUGUCUUGAGCGGAUAAACAACUGUUAGAAUAUGUCGUUUUGUUAUCAGUAUUUAUAAGCGAAACAACUCAUUAAUAAUUAAAAAUAUCUUUUGCGUAAAACUUUUAUAUAAGUGUUCUU